AUGUCUACCACUACAACUACAACUUUGCAACAACCAAAACACGAAUUCAUUAUGACAACUACUGAUAAUAAUACUAAUAACAACAACAACAACAGUGACACUCAUCAACAACAACAGCAACAAAAUGAGUUUGAUUUACUUGAUAUCUUUUCAACUGAUAUGGAUUUCGAACAAGCUUAUAAUAUGUACAACACUUUACAACAAAAAAAUGCCUUGGGUUCAUUUGAACAAUUACAAAAAGUACAACAAUUAAAUCAACAAUAUACAAGUACUUUACCUGCUUCUACCUCAAAUCAACAUCAAUUCCCUGAUCAAUUUGCUUAUGAAAGAGCUCAUAUCUUGAAUGGUCCUCACAAUCAACAACAACAAUCACAAUCACAACCGCAACCGCAAGGACUCGUGAACAAUUAUAUGAACAAAAAUUAUGCAUUCAAUGAUCAAAUGGAUGAAGAUGAUGACGAAGAUGAUGAUUUUGAUCAAUUCUUCACCAACACUGAAUCAAAUGCAUUGGAAAAGUUUUUAGAUAAUUUAGCUAAUCCUGUUUCAACCGGUGAUCCAUUACAAUUUUAUAAUCAUAACAUCAAUGCUAGUCAUUCAUUAAAUACUAAUCAUGAAAUUGAUUUUAAUUUUGAAAUGCAUACUAUGAAAGUACCUCAACAUUUGAAACCAAGAAGUGUUAGCGCUGAUAAUCUACUACCAAUUCCAUUACCACCAACUCAACCUACUGCCCAACAAUCAUCUACAACAAAUCCAAAUGAUUCACAUCAUCAACAUGUUCAUCAGCAAACAGAUCCUGCUCAAUUGAAAAAAGAAUUAACUGAAGCUUUUACUAACCCUUCAGUAUCUACAUUCAAUCACUUGCCAUCACCAAAUGAUUCACUUCACAAGAUUGAUAAUGACCCAUUUUUAACCACUUCAAAUUUGAAAUCCACUAAUGAUACCACUACAAACAACAAAAAAUCUAAACAUUUAAUUACUCCUCCAACUUCUGGCGACGAACUGAGGAAAAGAAAUAGUGAUGAUGAUGAAAGUGAUGAAGAAAUUUCUAAAGAAAAUGAAGUUGAAGAAGAUGAUGAUGGUGAUGAUGAAGCAUCUAAAUCAGAGAAGCCAUUAAAAAAGAGAAGAAGAUCAUCAAAUAAACCAUUGUUAAGUCUUGAACAAAAAAGAUUAAAUCAUUCACAUUCAGAACAAAAGAGAAGACAAUUGUGUAAAUUGGCUUAUCAAAGAUGUCUUGAAUUAAUUAUUGAUUUGGAUGCAUUUAAUAAAUUGCCAGAAUUGAAUGAAAGUGAACGAAAAUCAAAAAGAGCAAGAAUUAAUAAAGAUGGCUUACCUAAUUUAAGUAAACAUAAUGCAUUAAUUAGAAUCAGUAAUGAAAUGAUUCUAAUUAAAACCAUGAAUGAAAAUUUAGAAAAAUUUAUUGCAAACAACUAA